CAAUACAACAAUAAAAUUAUAUUAAAUCAAAUUUAAUUAAAAUAUAAAUGUCGACCUCGACAUCACUUUUACUUAAAAAAGGGACCUCAUGCGCUACAGCUCACAUGACAUUUUUACUAAAAUUUUAUUUGUAGCAUAUUAUCUAAAAUAGAAAAAUCAUGGGAGUGAAUAAUAGUAAGCGAUUAGCUGCAAAAUGCUCGUUUUUAUCCAAAGAUGAACAGGUUAUUGUUAGUCAAUCGUUUCGACUUGUCAGUAAGAAUUCAGAGAAAAUUAAAGAAGACGAUUUAGUUAAAUUAUGGGGACCUCAAAUGGAUAGCCGUUUAAUGCAAUAUAUAACAAAUUAUUUAUUUGGUCGUGCUACAAAUCGACAACAAACUGUGGAAUUUGAGAAAUUUGCUGAAAUGUAUGUGUUUUGUAUUCGAGGCACGGUGGAUGAACGUUUACAAGUAUUACUAAAAUGUCUAGGAAAAAAUGAUAUUGCUGAUCCAUUUGAUGUUACGUACAUUUUAGUUAAAGAGUUUGUAGAAUCAAUUGUAUCAACAUUUAUGAAAAUACAAAAAAUUUCAAAUACAAAACAGUAUCAAUCAUGGAUAUCACGUGGAUCAUUUUCAUCGCCACAAAAUGUACAAAAGUUUGCUGAAAGUUUAACACAUGAAUUAGCAAUAAAUACACAAACAAUUACUGAAAGUGAUUUAAGUAAAUGGAUUGGUAGUUGUACAAUUUUAGGAAUAUUAUUACAGCAUGUAUUUAAUCAUUUGUAUCAUAUAACACAUAAGGAGAAAGAAAAGGAUAAAGAUAAAUCGCAAGGCACAGCAUAUUAUUCACCAGAUGAGACACACGAAAUAAGUAUAUGUGAUCGAGAAAAAAAUCUAAUACCAUUUUGUCGUGGAUUGGAUUUAAUACCAUCAUAUCCAAGUUUAUUGGAUUUAAAUCAAUUAGUUUUUAUAAAUGCAAAUUUACCCGCAAAAUACCGUUACGAAUGGCGUUUUUUAUUUUCAAGUGAAAUACAUGGUGAAUCAUUUUCAACUUUAAUAGGAAGAAUAAUAAAUCAAGGGCCUUCAGUGUUAAUAAUCGAAGACAAAAAUGGUUAUAUGUUCGGUGGUUUUGCACCUGUAUCAUGGAAUUUAAGUCCAAAAUGGGUUGGAGACGAUUCUAGUUUUCUAUUUACAUUGACACCAAAAAUGAGAAUAUUUCCAAGUACUGGAUAUAAUGAUCAUUAUCAGUAUUUAAAUUUAAAUCAACAAACAAUGCCAAACGGAAUGUGUAUGGGUGGACAAUUUGAUUAUUGUGGAUUAUGGUUAAAUAGUGAAUACGGCUUAGGACAUACUAGUGAGAGUUGUACAACGUACAAAGGCUAUACGCAAAUGUCAUAUCAAAAAGAGUUUAAUUUUAGUCAUUUAGAGGUGUGGGGCUUGGAAAAUCCAGCAGCUUCUGAAGAUGAUGAUGGAACGAAAGUAGGAAGUAUACUUGAUAAUGUUGAACAGCAAUCCUUUUUGGAAAUGGCUGGAAGAACAAUUCACAGUGAUGGAAUGCGGGAACCACCUCCUGAAUAAGAUUAAUUCUCAAUUUAAACAAUUCACACAACUGAAAUUUAGGAGAACGAAUAUUAUAUAGUCGCUUAAAAAUAUUUCAUAUAAAUCCCUGCUACCUAGAGCCCUUUAUUUAUUUUCAAUUUAUGGUCAACUUAUUAAUAGGUUUAGUAGAGAUUAAGGCUGAUUUUAAGUCAAAUAUAAAGUGACAAAUUUGCAAUAUUAAAAAACAAUUAUAACGUAGAACAAUUCUCGCUAACUUUUUAAUAGGGUAUUAUCGUUAGUCAAAAAUAA